GCUCCAAUGGUGGGAGCAACAACGAACACACAAGUGAGCAAGAAUUCCACAAGCAAAGGGAGUACACACCAGACGUCUAGAAAUAAGCAAGAGAGGAUGAAGAGUAGCACGCUCAUGGCCAUCAUCCUGAUUGCCCAGGCCGUCCUGAUCAUGGGAGUCUUUGCGGCGGCGGCGUCCAUAGAGAACAGUGCGGGGCUGGGGGAGAAGGAGCUCACCAUGGAGCCAGUGAUAAACCCGCGCCCACUCAAAUGCUGCGGCGCCGGCGAUAUCGAUUGCAUCCCUGCCCCCUCCCCACCGGCCAAACCCAACCUACGUACGUGCCGUUACGAAGGCAAGUCUGGCUGGUGCGGGUCGUCCGGGUGCGAAAUCUGCUCGGGGGCGAAGAACUACACGGGGACCAGGAAGUGCCUCGAUGUAUUCAAUGGUACGUGCGGCCCCAAGUGCUGAAGAACUAAUUAAAGAUGAGCAGAGCCAUUAUCCUUGUUGCGUGCAAGAACAACAAGAGCCCUAUAUAAGUAUGUUGUUGUUGUUGCCGCGCCACCCCCCCACCCCUCUGUGUGUGUGUGUGUGUGUGUGUGUGUGUGUGUGUGUGUGUGUGUGUGUGUGUGUGUGUGUAUUGUAUGUAUGUAUGAUAAGUGGCCGGUGAUAUCUGUAACGCUGUCUGGCGCUGCACUAAUUCACUUUGUGAAUCAGCGCCUGUAUAUGAAUAAAUAAACAUUAAUGAAUGUACUUCAAAUA